GAGCACAGACACAAACACAAACACAGACACAGACACAAUGAGCUGCAAACGCCUCCUCUUCGCCCUGCUCAUCGCCACUUCUCUACUGCUGGAGGUGCAGCAAGCCUGUGAGUACCUGCAAAGCGGAACAUCCACCACCUUUAACAUCGGCUAUUCCGGCCCGAUAAAGGAACUAAUAUGGAGAAGGGAAUCAGUUAAUAUUUAUCGUAUGAAAGGCGGAAAACAGGUUGAAGGACAAGUAUUGGAAAUCAUCGGUGGCUCUCUGAAGCUGAGCAACUUGACAGCCUCACACGAUGGGACAUAUGAAGGAGAGGCCUUUGACAACGACGGAAAAUCACACAAAAGCGAAAAAAGAACCAUCUGUGUGAUGGAUAAAGUGACAAAGCCGAAGGUUCUUGUGAACUGCACGGGGCCCACGCUAACCUGCAGUGGGGUGACGCUAAGCCCAACCCUGACCUUCACCUGGCAACAAAACAGAAAGGAGGUGCCGGGUACAGCCCGUACACUGGGGCCCAAACUCAAACAGCCCAGCAGGUACUCCUGUACAGCCAAGAAUCAAGUCAGCAAGGAAACAAGUGCUGAAAUUGAAGUCGACUGUAGAGGUAAUAAUCCAGGACAGAGCCUCUGGACUUUGCCUGGCUUUGAGUUCUGGACCACGGUUCUGAUAUUAGCCGGCGGAGGGACUCUGCUGCUCGUCCUGUUUGUGGUUAUCGUGGUCUGCAUCUGCAGGAGACAACGACACGAACUCAAUCUACAGCGAGAAGAGGAAGAGCUCAGAUUAGCUAAUCUGACCCACUGCCAGCAGCCCCACCCACCUGGCCACCACAGUCGUCAGGCUCCGCCCCCAAAGGGCCACCCUGGGCAGCAUGGCAACAUGCACUCUGAGGACCAGCCCCCAGCCCUGCCCAAACCCCGGGGUCAUAACCGCCCACGCCCACGCCCCCCCCACCCACAGGGCCCCCCCCAGGGCCAGGAGCAUCCGCCCCCGCGGCCCAAGCCCAGGAAGGGGCCACGCCCAGGAAGGGGCCACGCCCACAACGGUCCUGAGAAUCCGGAACCUACUACUUAAACACGGGAAUCAAAUCUGGUCCCCACGAAUCCAAAUUGCACCAUGCUUUUCUUUUCUAACUGAACAAAUAGUGCGACUGACAUCAUGCGCAGGUGCAGACUGAUUGGCCAGACUGACUGCCAGGUAAAGAGAGUGUGGAAGACCAGCAGUUCUUGGCCCUCGAUGACCAUGAUUUGAUGAUCCCUGUUACAGACCUAUGUAUUUAAAAUGCUCAAAGAUGACAAUAUGUUUCUCCUUUGUUUUCAGGUUUAAUGCCAUUUUUUUAUUGUUUACUUUUUAAUGCCAAUAUGAAAAAAAAUGGAACAGAAUGAAAGCCAGUGUGAUACCUACCAAAACAAACACUUGGGGCUGGUUUCACAGACACAGGUAAAGCUUAGUCCUGGAGAAUUUAGCCAAGGACUAGGCUUCAUCCAUGUCUACAAAUCUGGCCCAAUAGCUGAUAACCAAGUACCACCUAACAUUGACCUCUUCACCUGGAGCGCUCACCUGGAGCGCCGCUUGUUACUAUGAUGACAGUCAAAGGUGAACUACAGGUGACGUUAUACAGGUUAUCUGGAACCAUUACUUUAGAGAAAUGUAAAAGCUGUCACAUUUCAAGAAUUGUAUAAAAACACAGUUUGACAGGAAUACCUGUGUCUGUGCCUGUGCCUGUGCCUGUGCAGAUACCACUGAAAUAUCACAGUGAGAGACCCAGCCCUUUUGGCCCCAUGACAGUGGCCUCCCCGUCUAGGACCAGUCAUUGUGUGUCAGUGUGGAGAACAAAGUGUGAUUAGGGCUAGGGCUAGGGCUAUGGCUAUGGUAGUAAGAAAUCUUUAUUUCCCAAGUUGUCCUAUAUUAGGGCCUCUUGGGGAAUAAAAGUUUCUCAUUCACCCAUUCAUACACACACCGACGGCUAGGGUUAGGGUUAGAGUUAUGAUUAGCAUGGCUAGUGUUGAGAACAUUCGGUGAAGCUGGGUUCCCACCCACCCUGGCUCCUCCCAAAAACCUGAGUCUUUAUGCCUCUCUACUGAUUGGCUGGGUGAGGCCAUUGUCUUUCUGUUGCCCCUCUUUAGUGUGAGAUAUCCAAAGACCAAAACAAGGAACCAAAACAAAGAAACAAAACCAUAUUAUAGGUUGCACCUGUACAUUUACAAUACAAACCUGGCUUUUUACAGUGCAGCCUCAGUGUUUCCAUGAUAAUGUUGCAGAGAAGUGUAAAUUUGACAUAGGCUUCUUGGCCUUUUUUGUGGAUGGAUGAUUCUAAAAUUUGAAUAAACUAUAUCUUACGUUUAUUUUUAUGGCAAUAUUUUAGAUUUAAGAGUUUUCAUAAUGAACGUAUAUUUAUGUCUUGAUGUCUUGAAAUGCAUUUGACAUGUUUUCAUUAUAUACAUUGAACAUGUUAUAUUUAUACAAAAAUAACUCUAUAUGGAUUAAAAGUAAUUUGAAAGUUCUUCUUGUUGCUAUGGGUUACACAUUCUGUAAGUGUGAUUGAUUUCUGUAAGUGUGCUUCAUAAUUUACUUUGAGACGAAAUCUGCUACAUGAUGAGGUAAAUGUGUUUAGCAUUUGCUGUACCAACUGAAGAAUUUAUCCUGACAUUAUGAGACAGGUUACUUAUGAUUAAAACAGUCUGUUUAACAUGAGGGGGCUUCUCAUUAAAGAGGGGGGCAUGCAGAACAAUAUAACGAGAGAUACAGUAUAAUAGGGCAUGUAUUAUUAUCGUUAUUGUCACUGUUGUUGUUGUUGUCGUUGUCGUUGUUGUUGUUAUCGUUGUUGUUGUUGUUGUUGUUGUUGAUGAUCUACUUACAUCCAAGUUAAAUCUAAUAUAAAAAAGAAAAUGGACAUGGCACAGAUUUGUACCACAUAUUUAUUAGGUGACUAAUCCGACUGUUAGGGUUAACCAUAGUGGAUCCCUUUUCAGACUGAAAUGAAGAAUUAUUUUCAUAAUGAGUCAUGAAUAGAAUCAGUACUGGUUUACAGAGUUAAAAUUUCAUAGGACAGAUAGGCUGAUAGAUAAAUAGAUAUGUUUCCAAAUAAACUGCAACUUGAAAGUGUGGCCAAUAUAUAAAAUUCUAAUUUUUUAAAUCUUGGGUGCAUUCUUUUACACCUACGGUAUACGUCGCAUCUAAGUGGCGAUCCGUACAUGAUCGUUGUACUUAACUGACAUUACCAUUACGUACACAGCCGAUGCUUGUGUUCAAAGCGACUUACAACGUUAGAUAUGUGCUGUAUUGGGCUGUAUCAGAGUGUUAGAUAUGUGCUGUAUUGUUUGAGUUGUGGCUUCCUGUUGGAGCUGAACACGCUCUGAGCCUACGGGCUGAGAAACCACAUCUCUUCCUGUUCAUACAGAAACAGAGCAAUCCUCUGGGUCCUUCCGUCAAACAAAGUCUGUAAAAAUAAACUAUACAGGCAAUGAUCCAUUAUUGUACAGCAUGGUAAAAUAAUUGGUGGAACAUUUAUUCACAUUCAUAAUAUUACUCUGAGAAUUUAGUUUGACAAGCAACAAAAAUAAAUCGGCUUGUAAGUUUUAAA